AAAACGGCCAACUUCGUCAUGUUUCCACAUAAAGCCAACAUUACUUUGAGGAAGAAGCAUUGAUUUCCAGCCUGGUACCAUGGAAGUGACUGUCUCUGGACAAACCAUCAAGCGAGUUCAAAACCUUGUGACAAAAGACGAAGACCGUGAACAGGAGAGAAAGCGAAGAUGUGAGAGAAAGCAGGAAAACAUUGGGGGUUGAAAAUGAAGAGGAAGACAGAAGAACGCAAAACAAAGGGAAAAGCGCAGGACAGAAGAGGAGAGGUAACAUCAUCGGCUCGGGUAUCUUCGUCAGUCCCAAGGGAGUGAUGGAGAACGCCAGCUCUGUGGGCGUGGCGCUGUUCGUCUGGAUCAUCACGGGUGUCAUCACCGCCAUCGGGGCGCUGUGCUACGCCGAGCUGGGCGUCACCAUCCCCAAGUCGGGGGGCGACUACUCCUACGUUAAGGACAUCUUCGGAGGGCUGGCUGGGUUCCUGCGUUUGUGGAUCGCCGUGCUGGUGAUCUACCCGACCAACCAGGCUGUGAUCGCGCUGACCUUUUCCAACUACGUGCUGCAGCCCCUGUUCCCCACCUGCUUCCCGCCGGAGAGCGGCCUGCGCCUGCUGGCUGCCGUCUGCCUCUUGCUGCUGACAUGGGUGAACUGCUCCAGCGUCAGGUGGGCCACCCGGGUGCAGGACAUAUUCACCGCCGGCAAGCUGCUGGCCCUCGCCCUCAUCAUCAUCAUGGGCAUCGUGCAGAUCUGCAAGGGAGAGUACUACUGGCUGGAGCCGGCCAACGCCUUCGAGCCCUUCCAGGAGUACGACGUGGGUUUGAUAGCCUUAGCGUUCCUACAAGGCUCCUUCGCUUACGGAGGCUGGAACUUCCUCAACUAUGUCACGGAGGAGCUGGUGGACCCCUACGUGAACCUCCCUCGUGCCAUCUUCAUCUCCAUCCCCCUCGUCACCUUCGUGUACGUCUUCGCCAACAUCGCCUACGUCACGGCCAUGAGUCCCCAGGAGCUGCUCGCCUCCAACGCCGUUGCCGUGACGUUUGGUGAGAAGCUGCUGGGAGUCAUGUCGUGGAUCAUGCCCAUCUCUGUGGCUCUCUCCACCUUCGGGGGAGUCAACGGUUCACUCUUCACCUCCUCACGGUUGUUCUUUGCCGGAGCCAGAGAGGGCCACCUCCCCAGUCUGCUGGCCAUGAUUCACCUCAAACGCUGCACUCCCAUCCCCGCUCUGCUCUUCACUUGCCUGUCCACCCUGCUCAUGCUGUGCACCAGCGACAUGUACACCCUCAUCAACUACGUGGGCUUCAUCAACUACCUCUUCUAUGGAGUCACUGUCGCCGGGCAGAUUGUGCUGCGUAUUAAACAGCCCGACAUGCACCGACCAAUCAAGAUCAGCCUGAUAUGGCCGGUCAUUUACCUCCUCUUCUGGGCCUUCCUGCUCAUCUUCUCCCUCUACUCCGAGCCCGUGGUGUGUGGCAUCGGCCUGGCCAUCAUGCUGACUGGCGUCCCCGUCUAUUUCCUGGGAGUCUACUGGGACAACAAGCCACAGUGCUUCGACGCCUUCGUUAAUAAGAUGACCUACGUGGGCCAGAAGUUCUGCAUGGUGGUCUACCCGGGCAGCACCGACAGCAGCGGGGGCGCAGAGGAAGGAGAGGAGAUGAAGGAGGCCCGGUCUCCUCUGUCCAAGGAAGACGGGGACAACCACAAGUCAGCGGACUGCUAGAGCGCCCCUCGUCUCCCAGCCGCCCCGCAAAUAAACAGACAUAUGCGAAACCGAACGUGGGCGCGCAAAAAACAAACCAACAAAGGCGGUUUGUAGUGGAUUUAACACUCGUGCCCCCCCCACACACACUUUUUUGUUGUUUUUUUUUUAAUAUUUUUAUUUGGUUUUAGCAACGUUUCAAUCAAUAUCCUCUGUGCCAAAUAUAGUAUGAGAUGUUUUAGAGUAAUAUGACCUCUAACUUGACAGACUGGGGUCCUUCAAAAGUGCAAUAAAGAAAGGUUAGCGCCUUCCAGCUCCUCAAUACACACACUUACAACUCGUCAUCAUCAUCCUGCUCCUCCUCCUCCACACACUCCCUGCACAGUCCUACUGUAAGAGCGUCUUUUGUUUCUUUAUUUCUUUUUAAUUCUUUAUCAAAAGACUCUCACUGUGUCCUGACGCGCAAACACUUGUUUUUGUUCUUUUUUUUCCCGUUUCUUUUUGUAAAUUUCUGGUUCAUCCAUUCAACACACCAAAGCUGCAUUUGAUUGUCAGAAAAAUCAGUUUCAGAUCAAGUCCUCUUAUGUCGUGACGUACACUAAGUACUGUGUUUUGCUAAAAAAAAAAAGGUGACUGUGAUUCCGAAAAUGUUCCUCUUUUUUUUUCUUUUUUUUUUUUUCUUUUUUUGUAAUUGUGAUAAUUGUUUAUAACAUUUGCCUUGCCGUUAUUUUAGUUUUAAUAUGUUAAUUUUAGUUUUGUUGAUAUUCCUUUUUUUCUAUUUGGCAUCAUAUACAUCUGAGCCUAUUAUUCUUUUUUUUUUUUUACUCUUGCAACCCUGGAGGUGUACACCUGAAAGCUGAUGUGUGAUCUGUACUUUGUAUCGGUAGAUGUGCUGGAAAAGGGUGCACACUUCUUUGUUGAUUGCCUUAAUUAGAUGACAUUCUGUGUGUUUGGGUGCCAUUGCAGCACUGCUCCUACUGAUGUGGAUAUUUGGUUGGGGUUGAACGAUUUUAAAGUGUCAGUGUUUUUGGGUUAGGGUUAGGGUUAAAUUGGAGAGUUUUUGGAUUCUUGUACGGACACUACUCAGAUAUACCUGUCAGCGUCCGGCGUGGACGUAGAUCACUAGAAAGGAAUAGAUAGGCCGGACAUGAUAAUCUCCACCGCCACAUUUGUGUUUCGUUAUUGUGCACAUCCCGACACCGACACAUGUGAAUGCCUGUGUGAAAGAACAGUUAAACGGCAGAAGGACAUUUUUUUCUGUAGCCUACCAUGUAGUUGUGCUUAAAAAUUAUUUGUUCUUUAUGUAGCGUGGAGAAGUGAGAGCUUUACGCGCACGAAAAAAAAUAAAAAAAAUCGACUAGUGCAAUAUUUAGGGCAGGCACCAGCAAAAAAAGAAAGAAAAAUACUCACCCCCUGAACGAACCCAUCCUGUGUCGUCUGGUUAUCGUUAUGUAUCUAUACUUAUGCUGUAUAUUAUAGUAACAACACUCCUGCACACAUAAAACACACAUUGUGUACUUCCGUGUCUUUUCUAUAUAAUCUGUUAGUGUCUCAGGGCAUCCCCCCGCUGCCUUCUCCUUACAUACACACUGCCGCAAAAAGAAAAAAAAACAAACAGAUCUGACGAAUUGCCUCUUUGCCACACGCCUGUACUGGUGCUUUUUAGAGAUGUAUUUUCCUCAGGAAGCUCAAUCUUAUGAGAUAUCCCAAAAGAAAAAUAACACAGGCGUUGGCAGACGUGCAUAAAUAAUUCUAUCAAUCUAUCAAGUGAAGUCGGGCCAGUAUUGUGAAAGGUUUCUCUCGUUGAACUGUAAGGGGGAACAGGGUGUCUUGGAUGUCUGUGCAAGUACAAUGAUUGUGUUUUGUGCCUGUACGGUUAUUGUGUAUUUACAGUAUACACAGGUGUCAUGACAGUCUGUAUGUUGUCUCUUAGUAAAUAAAAAAGAACCACUGACUAAUGUUU